ACCGCGGAGACUUGUGGGGGGAUGAAAAGUCCAAAUGCGCUCAGAGCAGACAGGAGCAGCGUAGCGGAGGAGUGCAGGGAGGACGGAGCAGACACCGGCCGGUCUGCGGACGCUGCACACAGACACACAGACAGGCAGAGACAGAGCUGCGGGGAGGACGAGCCUUCACCCCUCAGCCACACCGAGGCUUUGCUGAAAAGUUUGGCCAGCUGCCGGGGUCAGUGAAGGCAUCAUGGUCGUGUCGGUGCGGAGCUGGGUCGCCAACGAGGGAGGAAAACAUUUGGUCCUGAUGCUGUGGCUGGGAGCGAACACCUGGCUGUUCAUGAGGACCUUCCUGCUCUACUCCACCGGACAGCAGUAUCACUACCUCUACAAGAUGCUCGGGCUGGGGCUGUGCAUCAGCAGGGCAUCUGCAUCUGUGCUCAACCUGAACUGCAGCUUGGUGCUGCUACCCAUGUGUCGCUCGCUGCUAACCUUUGUCCGAGGAACGCACACGGUAUCGAGCAGGAAGACUCGCAGACUGCUGGACAAGAGCAAGACCUUUCAUGUGGCCUGUGGAGUUGCCAUCUGUAUCUUCUCCGUUGUGCACGUGUCUGCCCACCUGGUGAACGUCGUAAACUUCAGUGUAAGCUACUCAGACGACUUCCCUGAUCUCAACUUGGCUCGCUACAGAGGAGAGGACCCCAAGAUGAUCAUUUUGACCACAAUCCCAGGAGUCACCGGCGUCCUGUUAGUUCUCAUCCUCUUUCUGAUGUUCACGUCCUCCUCCCACUGCGUACGGGUGUCCAACUAUGAGAUCUUCUGGUACACACACAACCUCUUCAUUGUCUUCUACAUCAUCCUCAUGGUGCACAUGGUCGGAGGAGCUCUGAAGUACCAGACCAACAUAGAGGCCCACCCUCCUGGCUGCCUCAGAGCCAAUCAGAGCGGCUCAGAGCGGCAGGGCGAAGAACUGGAGCAGGGUGAGGAUGACGAGACGAGGUGCAGAGAGGAGGCUCACUUCCAGCCACACUACCCCCAGACGUGGCUGUGGGUGUCUGGCCCGCUCUGUCUUUACUGCGCCGAACGUUUCUACCGCUACAUCCGGAGCUGUGACCCUGUUACCAUAGUGACAGUCAUCAGGCACCCCUGCGAUGUCAUCGAGUUGCGCAUGCUGAAGAAGAACUUCAAAGCUCGUCCUGGACAGUAUAUUGUUCUUAACUGUCCAGGUGUCUCUUCAUUUGAGAACCAUCCCUUCACACUAACAAUGUGUCCCACAGAGAACAAGGAAACUUUUGGCAUCCAUCUCCGAGUCGUGGGAGACUGGACUGAGCGCUUCACACGGCUGUUACUUCCUGAGCCAAGGAUAGACUUGGAGAUCCUUCCCAUGGUGCAACAGAGGAGAUACCCCAAGCUUUACGUGGAUGGUCCCUUUGGAAGUCCAUCCGAGGAAGUGUUUAACUACGACGUCAGUCUUUGCGUUGCGGGUGGAAUAGGAGUCACGCCAUUCGCCUGCGUGCUGCAUGCUCUGCUUGACGGCUGGACGGGUUUCAGGUUGCAGAGGUUGUAUUUUGUGUGGGUCUGCAGGGAGCUCCAGUCCUUCUACUGGUUUGCUGAGCUGCUGUGUGCCGUGCAUCACAAGCUUUGGCUGGACAACAGACCGGACUACUUAAAUCUGAAACUGUACGUCAGUCAGACAGACAGCCUGCAGAGCAUGUCUGAGGAGAAGUACCGCCUACUCACCUCAAGGCUGCUGGUUGGUCGACCCAGGUGGAAGUUACUGCUCGAUGAGAUCGGGAAGGCCAAUAAGCAGAAACGGGUCGGGGUUUUCUGCUGCGGACCAAAGGGCAUCUCCAAGACUCUGCACAGACUGUGUAACUCAGCCGGAUCCUCUGGAACAACCUUUGAGUUCAACAAGGAGUCCUUCAGCUGAUCAGGCCUCAGAGCUGGCUGUACGCUGUGAGCUCAGCCUCAGUAACAAAAACUGUAACUUUGGGAUGGAUGGAUUUUUUUACAUUUAGGGGCAAAUUUGAAGUACAUUUCUGAAUAUCUGAUGGCUGAUCUUGGUUACUUGAAGUUUUGUAUAUGUCUAUGAAUCUGUAGGCAAACAAGUGAAACAAGCAAAAAGAAGAUGAAUAUUCACAGACUACAUGACUAUUUCAGAUGCCAUAUACCUACCUAUGGUCACAAAAUGCCCAGCAGGACAAGUCAUUAACAUGCAGCAUGAGGCCUUUUGCUCUCUACACACCAGCCUGACCCCCAGCUGAGGGCCGCAGGAGCUUCAGCAUCCAAUCAAAUCGACCUCUGAGAAAACCAAAGAGACCAGCUUGCUGCUCGGAUUCUCGCAGUCAUGGUGCUCUGUUUUUCUCAAGUUGCUGUUGGGUUUCAUCUUUUCUCUGACACACCCCUCUGUGGAGCGAAUUUGUUUUCUCAUGUUGGUGUCUAAUGUGAGGGGAAAAAAGGCACAGCCUGAAGAAAGGCACAGCCUUAUUAGAUAGAGGGAAUUCAUCUUUUAUUGGGGACCAGGGACCAGACAAACAAAGAAACACUUGCUGUAAAUACCAGAGAGCAACCAAACGGGCAAAUCAGCUGUGUUAACCAAGUGCUAUGACAGCCGAACUUCAUUUAACCUUCACUUGAAAACCAAACAGGCAACAAACAAGCUCUACUGACCAAAAACCGUUGGUUAUAGAGAGUGAAGUCCCCACCCACUACCACUUCAGGCUUUUGUUUCACUAGCCUUUCUUUCCAUUAUGAAUAAGUAUGGUUAUCGUCAACUGUACGGGACAUUAAAAAUUCAGUGCCUUGUCAAUUUAACUGUUUUGUUAGCAUCCAGAAGCUACAGCCUGUAGUAAUGCAGACACAAACACAAGGGAGGGUGCUCUUGAUGUACACCACCUUAAUUAUUGUUUGAAUCUGGAUUAAAAUUACAAUUAGUUCAAAUUUCACUGUCCCUUACAUUAGUGCAGAUCCACUAAUUGUAGAAUAUGCAUAGAAAAAACAUUAAAACCUUGAUAAUGUGUUUUAAGGUUUUAGAAAGACUAAUAAUAGGAAUCCUCUAUGGGAAAACAUCAUCUGGCAUUCAGUGAAAGGGGAUGGGACUUUAGCUCUCUGUAAACAGGUUAGCACUGGGUCUGCAUGUCCCACUCAUGGAAGCAGGAUUUGUAGACAGCCUGAAAGGAAAUGUCGCCUUAGUGUCCCGCCUCAGAGGAUUUACACUUCCUGUGUAUGUGCGCUGCGAGGCAGAACUAAGUAUCUGAUUCGUCUAUGAGACUGUCAUUCAUCUGAAUCUGACGGAGGGAAGAAGAGGAACCAAAACGGACACUUCAGUAUUUGUUUCCAUUUUGUUUUUUAACUAUCUGUCGCCUGUUCAUGUGUGUGUAGCAAAAAUCUGUUUUUAUGCAAAGCAAACCUUCACUACACCUCAAGCCAGUGUUUUUAGUUAGCUGUUUUUUCAAUUUAUUUAUAUUGAUAAAGUAAUUUUAUGUUAUGUGAAAACUUCUGCAGGGCUUUUGGCAAUUUCACCACAAAGUAUCUUGUUAUUUUUUACAUUUCUUCAGAAAGUAGAAAUUUGCAUACAGAUGGAAUUUGAUGCUACAUUUUUAGUAGUUUGUUUUAGAGUCAGCAAUUAUUUUGAGAAAAAUGCCAAAACUGGAAACAGCAGCUGUCAACAUCUUGAUAUUUCUGAUUUUGUGACUGAAACAAUUGUAUUCUCUCAAAUUGUAAUUAACUACCAUUCAUUUAGCAUUUGAAAUUUAAAUCUAUUUAAAUAUUGUAUUUCUAUUUCUGUAGUCUAUUUAGGAUUGCCAUCUUUUUUAAGAACAAAACACAGUCUGAAAUAAAGACAUUUUCUAUUUAUUUCACCUUGAUUACUUGCACGUAGUAAGUGGGAAAAUAUUUCUGAUCCUUGCACAAUUUGCGAUAUCAUUAUAAAUAUAUACAAUUAUUCAUAGUCAACAUCAUACGCUUGAGAAACACUGUUAGUUUUUAUCAAGUGUUCAGUGGCAUUAAUUAGACAUUCAUUAAAAUAUGUCUAAACUGUGUAAAGUUGAUUAUUAUUCAAAUUAACCAUAAAAUAUGAACUUGAUGUUUAACAAUCAAAAACAACUACAUCAGUGAUAGCUUGAAGCUGCCGUUAAUUUAAGAAUUGCUUCUCAUUAGGCAAAAUGACAGCACAACUUAUUAAGGCAAGCACUGUAGGCUGUGGCUUGCUAAAGACUUCUGUUACCGUAUAUGUAAAAUGCAUUAUUUCCUGGCAUGAUUAUCUCAGGGUAAAUGCAUUUAAACUGCAUUCCUGCAAUAUCCAACACAAUGGAAAUAAAUCACAGAGAAAUAUGUUUGUUUGUU